UGUCAUUACUUUCCACUCGUCAGAUACUCUGCGAUUCAGUCUGUUUUCAACUUUCGUCCAAUAAAAAACGGGUCUCGAACGGGAGCAGUGUGCAUCGGAGAGUGAUCGUUCUGCCCUUCGAAGGUUCCAUAACAUAAUAAUCAAUCCAUCCAGCUGUGAGGGGGGAAGUGCCGUUUCCGCGUCGGAAUUUUCGGUGUUUUCUGGUGACUUGCAAAUGUGCAUUCUUCCGCGUAGAGAUGGGGCAGCAAAGUGUCGUUCGAUUUCAAUGAUAGUGCAUUACAUUUCUGAAUAGUGAAAAAUAAACGAUUGAAGGAAACGGAGAUUUUAAUUAGAUUAAGCAAUCAAUGGUAGAUUGGGACAGUGUUUUUUUUUAGCAUAUUCUGGAACACUUCGGGAAGGUGGUAAAUUGCUGAGUGGGAGGAGAAAAUCGAAAGUGACCACCGUCGUUUUUCAAGCUAUUGAUUGUAGUCAACCCCCACCCUCACACAAUUCCCAUUAUUAGUAUUAAUACUAAGAGGGUAGUAAGUCGGUGCAAGUUGAUACAGCUUUUAGGCGACAGGGGCUCAGCCCCAAUCGCGUGAUUAGCGAAUAAAAGUUUAUGGUGCUAUUGUGGUCGAACGAGUGAGAUAUCGCUGCUAUAGACUGCUCGCCCUGUUGAAGGGAUUAAAAUAUUUGUGUUUCUGUCUGGGCAUACUGUUGUUGGUGUAGCAAGUUUGAAAUACCGAUAUUAUGUAAAUUUAUUCAUCCCGAGACGACGACGACGACUACGACGAUCACGAAAAAAGCUUUUGUUCAAAUUGGAAUGAAGCUCCAACACUGGCGAGCUAGACGACGAUAAACGGGAAGAGACCGAAGAAAAUCGCAGCUACGGAAAGUCACCCUGCGGAAGUCGUGAAAAGAGAAGGUCGAAUCAAACAACUUCCCUUUGUUAGAAAUAUGCUCACGUUGCCGCCGCCGCUAUGAUAUCAGCUGGAACGAAACGAUCCGGACAUAGAAUGUCCAAACAACAGGGAAAAUACGAGUUGCUUAAGGAGGAUACUAGCUUAAGGAAGAAACACACCUACAUCCAGGGAUGCCUUCUGUUGGCCUUAUGCGCCAUGUCUAGCGUGGCGGUGUACGCGACCUGGACGAUGAUCUACCGCCAGAACCUAAUCAUUCCACCGACACUAAUCGACAUUCCAACCCUUUGGCGGGAACGGCUUCGCCACUAUGCGGAAAUCUACAGAAGCACAUUCCAUUCCGCGUUGCCUUCGGGCGCCUUGUCAACAGUCAGCAGCAGCAGCAAUGACGCCACCCCCUCGACCAAUCCCAUGCUGGUGUCGGAGGACACGAUAGCUCAAAUUCUGAACACGCAAACCCCCAACGACACGGAGGUGGACCAGGACGCUGAGCGGCGUAUCAAGGAGUUGGAAAACGAACGGAUCCUGCCGUCCAAGUUCGGUAAUUUUAUUUACUCCAAGGAGGUGUCCAGGGGCGGCAAGGAGCUACGGAAGAUCGUGUGCUACUACACGACACCGUCCAUGAGCAGUGCGAAUCGUCAUGGCAGUCGACUACGGGACGGACUGUUUCCGGAGGAUAUCGAUCCGCAUUUGUGUACGCAUCUGAAUGUGGGCAUCGUGGCGAUUGUCAAUGGGACGUUGUUCAUCGAUGAAGACCUGAAGGUGGUGUUCAAUCGAACCAAGCAACUCAAGAAGGCCAAUAAGGAUUUGAAGGUGCUGCUGUGGGUUGGAGGCGGAGGUCAAGGAGGAUUUUCGGAAAUGGUGGUAAACCAUGCCACCCGGAAGCUGUUUAUACAAUCGCUGAAAGCGACGCUGGAGCAGUACCAAUUGGACGGUGUGGAUUUGGACUGGGAAUUUCCGGGGAGCUGUUGCAAAAAUAGGAUGCACUUUUCGCAGCUGCUGCACGAGAUUCGACGGGAAUAUCAGCGGGAGCAUCGGACGUACAUUUUAAGCGUGGCGGUGGCAGCUCCGGCGAUAAUUGCCUACAUGUCGUACGAUGUGCGGGAAAUUAACAGCUAUGCGGACUACGUCAACAUUAUGACGUAUGAUUACCAUUUCUACUCGCCGGAUACCCCACAAACGGGUCUUAACGCCCCGUUAUUUCGGCGACCAGACGAGCAUUCCAUCUUCGGCACCAUGAACAUCAACACUUCCGUCCACUACUGGUUGUCGCAGGGGCUGGAGAAGAGCAAAAUCAUCAUCGGGCUGCCCACCUACGGGCACAGCUUCCAGCUGUUGAAUGCGUUCAACACCCGCAUCGGGGCGCCGGCCACCAGUUACGGCCGGACCGGUAUGAUCGGUUACGCCUCAUAUUCGGAGAUCUGCUGGUUCCGGCGGCACAACAUCUACGUGCACCAGGUGUACGAUGUGGACAGCUGUUCACCCUACCUGUAUGCCGGCACCGAGUGGAUAUCGUACGAGGACGAGCGCAGCCUGGAGUGCAAAGCGAACUGGAUCAAGGCGAAUGGGUUCGGAGGGGCCAUGAUAUUCUCGCUUAAUACGGACGAUUUCGGGCAGUACUGUGCCGAAAAUGCCAUAUUCAGUGACGACGGUGGAACCGGUCUGGGGGCGAACGCACCGCGUGAGUCCAGCAGCUUUCCACUGUUGAGAAAAAUACAUUCCAUACUGGCAGAUAAGCAGGGAGUUAAUUAGAAUGAGCGUGUGGUUUGGGAAGUUGGGGAGGUAAUGAAGGCACUAAUUAUGAAACAAUAACUGAAAAUACGACUUAUAACGAAUAAGAGUAAUAUUUAUAAAUUUAAAAUAAAAGAGAAAACAAACAGAUGAAAAUAAUAACGCAAGAGAAAGUGAUAGUGUGAGCAUUUGUAUAUUUAGAGCAAAAUCAUUUUUUCAGCAACCGUGUAGUUAGCUGUUAGGGAUAUGCAAAUCAAAGAGCAAAUUGAUAUUAACUUUGUUAAAAAUUAUUUUAUAUGUGCAACUGAUAGACAAUGGAAACAACACUCGAAUAAAUUUGAACAUAAAUAAUUGUAAGUUAUCUAGUCAUCUCGCUUCGAUUCGGUGUGAUUUCAAAUUGUUUAAGUAGUUCUGUUCGGGGCCGAAUAGUCGGACUUUAGAUUUCAUAAGUGCAAAAGCAGCAAGUAUUCUUAUAUGGAUUGUUAUCAUCUAACUUGGUUAAUGCAGAAAAAUGAGUUAUAUGUUUUGACACAAAGGUCUUCCAAAGUCGAUAAUUAAAUAGUAUUUGAGUUUUCAA